CCUAAUAAUGGUAUUGAAAUAGAAACUAUGGAAACCAACCGCAUUUAAGGACAAAACAAACCUCAGUAAAAAUAUUUUUGUUUUGUCAUUAUAACAUUUUAUUAAAAUGACCGAAACAAAUAAUCAUAAUUCAGCGAUUGAAGAAGUAAUAAAAAUUGUUAUUUUGGGUGAGCCUAAUUCAGGAAAGAGUUGCAUCGUCUCUAGGUACUGUCACGAUGAUUUUACAAGGCAAUACAUUCCAACAAUUGGUAUCGAAUUUUACUUAAAGCGAACUCAAAUUCAAGGCCGUAACGUUCGAAUUAAUAUUUGGGAUACAAGCGGUUCUUCUAAUGAACUAUUGGACAAAUACUUGUUCAAUGCAAAUGCAAUAGUACUGGUAUUUGAUACAACUGAUAGUGGUUCGUUUUCAGCAUUAUCAUCGUGGCACGACCGAACGGCCAAAGCUCACUACGAAAACCAACCGAAAAUGGUGUUAAUCGCAAACAAGUGUGACUUAGAACACAAGCGAACCGUCGCUGAAGAAAAGCAAAUAUUAUUUUCGAAAGAGUUCAAAGUAGGGAUUACACAAUCGGUAUCGGCUCGUACUGGAGAAAAUAUCACAAACACUUGGCAGCAAAUUGCGGCUGAAUGUCUUGGACUCAAAUUAACGAAAUUUGAUUUGGAGCAAAAUUUAGUGAAGCCUGUUCGAGCCGAAAUCGAAACGACGACCAAUCAAUAUCGAACUAUGAUGUCAAAUAACAAACAAGAAAGCAGUACGUUAUCCACUGUUUGCCUUAUUCAAUGAAUGACAAUUUUAAUUACAUUAUUUCUUAAUUCUUAGUUGAAUAUAUUUCACAAAGUAAUUAAUAUGUAUGUAGAUCAGUAAAUAUCGUUCAUUGUAAACAUAUAAA